AUGCCCGGCUUCUCCUCCCUCAAGCUCUUCACCGGCACAUCCCAUCCCGCCUUGGCCCACCAUGUCUCCCGUCGACUGGGCAUCCCCAUCUCUCCCGCUUCCAUCGAUAGACGGCCCUCCGGAGAAAUCUCGGUCUCCAUCAAGGAGAGCGUCAGACAGGCUGAUGUCUACAUCAUCGGAACCGCUAGCUCGAUCACUUGCACCACCAAUUCGGCGCUCAUGGAACUCUUGAUCAUGAUCCACUCCUGUUCGAUCGCAUCCGCUGGACGAAUAACCGCUGUGAUUCCGCACUUCCCAUAUGCCCGCCAGGAUAAGAAGGACAAGUCGAGGGCUCCGAUCACAGCCAAGUUGGUUGCGAAUAUGAUCCGUGAAGCAGGCGCACAUCAUGUCAUCACGAUGGAUUUACACGCAUCUCAAAUCCAAGGAUUUUUUGAUUGUCCGGUGGACAACUUGUACGCCGAGCCAACACUAGUCCAAUACAUCCGGGAAAACGUGGACGUGAAGAAUGCAGUGAUCGUCUCGCCCGAUGCAGGAGGGGCGAAGCGUGCCUCCUCGAUUGCCGCCCGACUCGAUCUCGACUUUGCCCUGUUCCACAAAGAGCGCAAGAAAGCUAACGAGGUCUCGCGGAUGAUCCUUGUGGGCAGCGUCAAGGGCAAGACGGCGAUUCUUGUCGAUGAUAUGGCAGAUACUUGCGGCACACUCUGUCUGGCCACCGAGAAGCUCCAGUCCGCCGGCGCCGUCAACGUCAUUGCCCUCGUUACCCACGGCAUCCUCUCCGGCCCGGCGAUCGCAAACAUCAACAACUCGAGUAUGUCCAAACUCGUGACGACGAACACGAUCCCUCAACACGAACAUCUCGAAGGCUGCUCCAGGCUGGUCUGUGUGGAUAUCGCCCAGGUGCUUGCCGAGACGAUUAGACGUAGUCAUUACGGCGAAUCCAUCUCCUACCUCUUCGAUAGUAUCCCCUGGUCCGGUUCUGCGGCCAUCGACUAUACCACCCAAUCGAGUACCGAUGAAGCCAAGUCCGCCAAGCCCACUCGGCCUUCUAGUCCCGAUCAGCCCCAAUCUCCUAAAUCAAACAUCCUCCUUGAUCUUGCCAACCAGGCUCCCCUCUCCGCCUUGCCCUCUUGA